GAGAUAUUGCAUGCCAUGCCGGCUAGACAGCGCUGAGUCGCCGGCGCGUGCGCAUAGUGUCAGUGGUGCGUCGGUCGCCGGUGCGCAGUCUUCUCUAUCUGUUAUCACUAAUGUUUCGGACAAAUACAUCGCGUAUCGUUUGAGAUGCGGAGAUCGGAUGGGACCAUAAUACAGGACCAAAGAACAUGAAGUGGUCGCGAGGUAUCAUCGUUCUAAGCUUCCUAAUCGCCGAGACAUCGUUGACACAUUACACUGAAAACGACCCGACGUCGAAUGCGCAUUACCUUAAUGUGCUAGAUAUGAAUAGCAUAGAGCCCAGACAUAAAAUUGUUGGGCCGCAAAGAGGCAUACAUUUGAAGGAGCAGACAUAUUCGCCUUGGAGCCGAUGGAGUGAGUGCCAAGGGAGUCAUAAGACCCGUCGACGUCAUUGCAUACAUCGCCGAAUAUGCGGGAAUUCACUACGAGUAGAAGUUACAAGGUGUAAGCAGAAUAGUGAGAAAUUACGCAAAGGAACAUUUCAACAUAUGGUUAUUCCUGAACGACGCUUGUUAGAGUCCGAAGAUGUGCAGAAGAGGUUCAAAGGAUUCUCCCCGUGGGGGCCAUGGACUUCUUGCUCAAGAAAAUGUACUACCAUAAGACAGCGGCGCUGUCGAAAGCGAACAAUAUGCGGUCGACAAAUUGUGAGACAAUCCGCAUACUGCUACAUGGAAGGCAGUUAUUGCCACCUGUGGAUACGGAACAGGAUGCAGAGGCGACAGGACCCAGGGUACAUGACCGUUGAAUCGAUGCCGAUGCCGCCGCCCGCUAUUCAUCCUGAGGAUUCUCGUCCAUCUCCUUUGAUGGACUCUUGCGGGAAGCUGGGUCGGUAUCGAGGAUCCGCAGCGGCAAGAAGGAAAAGUCGUAUUCGCGACAUGAUAAGAAUUAUUGGUGGAAGACCCGCCCCGCUGGGCAAAUGGCCGUGGCAAGUGGCUGUUCUUAAUCGAUAUAAGGAGGCGUUUUGCGGCGGCACCCUCGUCGCGCCUCGGUGGGUAGUGACGGCUGCUCAUUGCGUGCGGCGGCGGCUGUACGUGCGUCUCGGCGAGCACGACCUGCUGCUCCGGAACCACGGGGAGGUGGAGAUGAAGGUCACCGAGGCGGUCAUACAUCCACGAUACGACCCUGACACAGUCAUCAAUGAUGUCGCUAUGCUACGGUUACCAGGCCCGGCUAGGUCUGAUCUGGGGCACGGGUACGCCUGCCUGCCUCGGCCACACCAGACCCUGCCUCCCCACACGUCGUGUGUAAUUCUCGGCUGGGGCAAGAAGCGGCCCACCGACGUGCACGGCACACGGAUAUUACACGAGGCUCAGGUAUCAACAAUUCAACAAGGCGUGUGUCGCAGAGCGUACUGGCAAUACGCGAUAACUGAUAACAUGGUGUGCGCGGGCAGGGGGCGGCGGGAUUCCUGCGCAGGGGACUCAGGAGGGCCCUUACUGUGCCGAGACAGGAACAUGAGAUAUGCCUUGCAGGGCAUAACCAGCUUCGGAGACGGCUGCGGCAAGCGCGGCAAGUACGGCAUUUAUACGCGGACUGCCGGCUACGUGACUUGGAUGAGAGAUGUCAUGAACACCAGAUACUUCGAUUGAACCUACAUUACGUAUGGAUGACAACGAACAUAUAAACUUGUCACCACAAUGUCAGAAUGUGGUUUUUCAUUACGCUGUAUCAGCAGGUGUGAGGUGGCAUGUUUCUGAGAUUCAAUCUGCGAAGGUAUUAGCUUUUGAAAGAGGGGAUUUACGGGCGAGAUAUCUUUGUUUCACACUAUGUGAAUGUGUGUAAAAAUUAUUACUAUUCCGAUUCUUCCUUCUUAUUUUAUUUCGAAUAGUUUUACAAACGAUAAGUAUAAGCAAUAUAAUUGAAGCUCUAAAUGGGCAAAUAUCGAAAACUACGAGUUGUUAUAAUGUGAACGACA